AUGUAUAAUUCAUAUGAGCUUGAUGAAUAUAUUAAAUUUCAAAUUGAUGAACAUAUCCAUAAUGAAAAAGUUAGAAUUCAUAAUUGUUAUCAAGAUAGAUUAAAUGGUCUAGCUAAAAUUAUUGAACAAAUGAGUAAAAUAAUUGCAGAUUAUCAAAAAAAUCAACCACAACAUAUUAAAUACACAUCACAAGAAUUACAAGGACCAAUUAAUUUAAAGAAACGAAAAAUACAGGAAGUCGAACAAGAUGAUGUUAAUUCUGGUACUGAUUCAGAUAAAACUUAUUACGAAGUUAUUAGUGAUGGUACUGUUGAUGAUGAAAGUGAUGAAUUGACACCAAUUGAUUUUUUAUUUUCCUCAGAAAUUGAUAGUUUUAAUACUGCUACACCAGAUGGUCAAAUUGUUGAUUUUGAAAUUUCAUUUGAAUAA